AUGUCUCCUCCUGCUGCUACUUUUGAACUCCCUGUUGCUAGCAAUGGCAAUGGAUUGAGCCUCAAGAAGGACCUCGCUGUCAAGCCGGCGUCCAAGGGCCAGGCCAAGACUCUCGCUGAGAUGGAGAACAACUGGGAGGCGUUUACAUUCGCUCCCAUCCGCGAAUCCCAGGUCUCGAGGGCUAUGACCCGCCGCUACUUCGAUGACCUGAACAACUACGCCGAAUCCGACAUUGUCAUUGUCGGCGCCGGAUCUUGCGGUCUGUCUACCGCGUAUGUCCUUGCCUCCAAGCGCCCCGACCUCAAGAUCGCUAUCAUCGAAGCGGGCGUCGCCCCCGGUGGAGGUGCUUGGCUCGGCGGCCAGCUGUUCAGCGCCAUGGUGAUGCGCAAGCCCGCGCAGCUGUUCUUGAACGAGAUCGGCGUGCCCUACGAGGAGGAGGGUGACUUUGUGGUCGUCAAGCACGCCGCGCUGUUCACGUCCACGCUUCUGAGCAAGGUGUUGCAGUUCCCCAACGUCAAGCUGUUCAACGCUACUACAGUUGAGGACCUCAUCACUCGUCCUGCUCCCACAGCUACUGAUCCCAACGCGGUCCGCAUUGCGGGUGUGGUGACUAACUGGACGCUCGUUGCUAUGCAUCACGAUGACCAAUCCUGCAUGGACCCCAACACCAUCAACGCGCCUCUCGUCAUCUCUACGACUGGCCACGACGGCCCCUUUGGCGCCUUCAGCGUCAAGCGCCUCGUGUCCAUGCAGCAGAUUGAGAAGCUCGGCGGCAUGCGCGGUCUCGAUAUGCGCACUGCCGAAGACGCAAUUGUCAAGCGCACGCGUGAGAUUGUGCCGGGCCUGAUUGUCGGCGGCAUGGAGUUGAGCGAGGUUGAUGGUGCGAACCGUAUGGGUCCUACGUUUGGGGCUAUGGUGUUGAGUGGUGUCAAGGCGGCGGAGGAGGCGGUUGGUGUUUGGGAUGAGAGGAAGGCGCAGAACGAUGAUUAG